ACUAUGCUUGCUAUAUGAUUUAAAUGAUUAUUACGCCAAUUAUGAUGGCAGAUAUUUCGGGAAAAGGCACGAACGUGGGGUGAAUGGAGUACUUGAUACAUCAUAACAACAAUGACCUCUGUAUUGACGUCUUCUUCAUCGGCAGCGUUGCAUUCAUCUGGCACGCGCACGGAGGCCACGGAGAUAUGGGAGCUUCGGGAGCCGAAUAAGAGAAGUUCAAAUGGGGGAGUUGUGAAUCCUGUAGCGAUACGUGAAUAUCCCGAAACCUCGCGUCGACUUCCUGGCAUAACCGAAAGACCUAACCAAUCAACAACAGCCGCUACUAAAGGGCACAAACAGCCGUUAGCAUGGUGCGAAUUUAUAGUCAAACGUCCAAAAAUUGCUUUUGGUGUAACCCUGUGUUGCAAUUUUUCAUUUUUUCUCCUAACUAUCAUACUAGUCGUGUCUGGACAAAAUGUUUUCCCGACUGUUUUUACUGAUUUGCCGCUACAGCUAAAAUACGACAACCAAUGGUUACGGUUCAUGGCAUGGCAGGCCAGGGACAAUAAUUUCACGAGAUAUGUCCAUACUGUCGACAGUUUGGGUUAUUCCGCCGGUAUUCGUUCAACUUUGUACCAAGGAAUAAUCAUCGUCUACGAAUUGCCGGGUGGUAAUGUGCUGAGCAAGACGAGUUUAGAAGCAAUUCGUGACUUGGAAAACGAACUGACUGCUAAACCUGGUUAUGUCGAUUAUUGUCAACUCAACAGGCUUGGCAAUUGCAUUAAACCGAUAUCAAUCGUUCGCUUCUUCGACGGUACAUACGCAGCGCAGCACCCGGUGUUCAACGAUACGAAUUUCCAAAACAUCCCUGCGGUGUUAGCGGCAGCAAAUUCGGUGCCUAAACUUCGUAACAUGCUCCAGUUUCACCUUGGAAAAGACUCGGUGAUCGACGAGGUCAAUAGCAUCGCGAUGUCUUCCUUAACUCGGUCCAUCAUCCCACAUGGCUUGCCAUUAGAAAAUAUGUCCGAUGAAAAAGAAAUGACCAAAAUUGUAGACAACUUCAUCACAUCCACAUACGAAUCACGCCUACAAGAACUGAACAGGAACGGCUAUGGCGGCUUGCGGAUAUUCUAUAACUCACGAUUACUUUGGCAGAAUGCAGUUAACAAACAAGUAGAAAAGGAUCUAGUUUUAGUGGCAGGAAGCAUCGCUUUUAUAUUUGGUUUCAUCUGGUUCCAAACUAAUUCCCUUUGGAUAACAGGAUUUGCAGUUCUCGGCAUCAUUACGUCCUUUUUCUGUGCUAAUCUAAUCUACCGGUACGUGUUCGAUUUUCACUUUUUUGGCGUAUUUCACAUUUUAGCUAUCUUCAUUAUCCUCGGCAUCGGGGCUGAUGAUCUGUUCGUUUUUAUGGACACGUGGCGAGCUACGGAAUUUGUGGAAUACCCAGGCCUAGAAUACAGGCUUUCUGAUGCCUACAGACGAGCUACGGGAUCCAUGUUGGUGACGUCACUUACUACAUCUAUUGCUUUCUUCGUGAACGCAGUGUCCCCUCUUCUCGGCGUUAGUACAUUCGGGAUAUUCGCGGGAAUCCUCGUACUUGUCAACUAUAUCACCGUGAUCAUAUUUUUUCCAACAGUAGUGAUCACCUACCAUCUGUUUUGGCGCGAUUUCCUUUGGUGCUGUCACAGGCCCUGCAUAAAACGCCCAGUAACCAAUGAGAGUAUGGAAGUCCUGAAUGAGCAACGAAAUAAACAAAAAAACAUCGUUGUAAGAUUCUUCGUUGGACGUUACUACAGAUUCGUAACACAUAAAGUGAGUCGCUGGAACAUAAUUCUCAGUUUCGCCGUUUUAGUGGCCGGGUUUGGUUAUUCUGCAUCUCUGCUUGGACCACAAGAAGAAGGGGUUCAAAUUUUCAAAGAUGGUAGCAACUUCAUAGAAUUUGCGAAUAGGCGCAGAGACUCUUUCAAACCAAGCAUGAAUGAUCGUGUGUCUAAUGUGAAUAUAAUCUGGGGAUUGAAAAACCAAGAUUUAUCCAGAUGCCACCACACCGAUUACGAAUGUCCUGGAGACACAAUUUGGGACGAUAGUUUCGAUCUAAAUCCACUACCUGCCCAAGCUGCAUUGUUGAAGUUUUGUGACCGACUUCAAGGGCUGACUGACAAGGAAAUCGAUGAUCUUCACGUACGUCGUGAUCUUGUGACUGGUCGUCCCCAGGUCAAGUGUUUUAUUGAAAACAUGGAUACAUUCUACAAGAAUAUAACACGUGUCAAUGGCUCAACCGUGAACUGGAGUUUGCCGACCAGUGAAACCAAGAUACGCUCACUGAUGGACGCAAAUCCUAGCAUCUUUAAUACGUCCCAGCUACAUAACACAUAUUAUCGAUACUUUGAGACUGGACUUGGUUUCUGGCUCACACGCGGAUACACAGGAAGAGCUAACCCUGAUAAUGAGGCUUUCCAAAAUUACAUUGGGGAACAAGAGGACCCAAUGGACACGCUGAGCACAUUGACUGGGAAUGACAAAUACGGAACUCGAUUACGCUAUGCUGCAAUAUCCGUGACGACAACGUUAAUGUUCGGGAGUAUUGGUUACAACGACGGAAUUCCUAUUAUCGAUGCUUGGGAACGUUUUAUUAACACCGAGAUGGCGAAGAUGCCUCCAUCAGUUUCAAAUGGUUUCCAGUGUACCUGUGAAGGCAGUUUUAAUUUAUGGCACUGGAUAAAAGUACAAAAAACGCUAGCCGACUCAGCCAUUAAGGGGAUUAUAUAUGGAAUAGUUUUAGCUUUUCCAGUUCUCGUCAUAGCAACACAGAACAUUAUCUUGGGCACCAUGGCAACCGUAUCAAUCGCUCUUACUACGGUGUGCGUGGUGGGCGUCAUCCCCAUGGCAGGAUGGAAACUUGGUGUUUUGGAAUCGUUAAAUCUGUCUAUCAUCGUUGGUUUAGCCGUCGACUACGUAGUUCAUCUUGCUCAGGGAUAUCACCUAUCACAGAAGGAAGAUCGUCUUGGAAGACUACAAGACACACUGGAACAUGUCGCCGUGUCAGUCGUUUCUGGGGCCGCCACCACGCUUGGGGCAUCACUGUUCAUGCUCUUCGCUCAAAUUAUAUUUUUCAUGCAGUUUGGUAUCUUCAUGUUUGCCACCAUCGGUUUCUCUCUGGUCUUCUCACUCGGCCUUUUCACCACACUUCUGGGGAUUAUGGGACCCCAGGGACAGACGGGUUCUCUAGUACUUAUCUACAAUUGGAUUAUUGGUCGGAAAAACGGCGACGUUGAGUGUACCACUUGUGACGGAAAGGGGUACCAUGAUCCGAAACACUAUGACGUACGAUCAGUAGCUCUCAGUCCGAUCAACAGCCCGCUGAUUAGCUACAGACCAUCAUUAUGAAUAACCUUUUCAC